AUGGCCCAGAGACUCACCUACAGACGCCGCCUUUCUUACAACACUCGCUCCAACCGUGUCCGAGUUGUGAAGACUCCCGGUGCCAGACUCGUCUACCAGUACGAGAAGAAGCCCGUCAAGGCUCCUCGUUGCGGUGAUUGCGGUGACGCCCUCGCUGGUCUCAAGGCAUUGCGUGCCCGUGAAUUCGCCACUGUGUCCAAGACCCAGAAGAACGUCAGCCGUGCCUAUGGUGGUUCUCGUUGCGCUCACUGCGUCAGAAACCGCAUUGUCCGUGCUUUCUUGAUUGAAGAACAAAAGAUUGUCAAGCGUGUCUUGAAGGCUCAAACUCAAAAGAAGUAAAAAAAAAGGUCUAGGCAUUUUUGAUUUACUAUCAUGUUACAAGUUUCGAUGACGAUAAAUAUGGUGUGUGCUGUAUGUAAUGGCGGUUUCCACGUGGAUUUCAUCAAAUAAAAAAAAAAAAGAAGAAAACACACACAAGUCCCAACCAGGCCGAAACCCAAGUUUUGACGCGCAGGCACGUGGUGCAAAUGGCAUGUUUUCUUUUUUCUACGGGCAGUACAAUCGUGGACUUUCUGUUGCGGUGAAUGCUGGUCAGGAAAAAGCCGACGUGAUGGGACAUGUGAAGUCCCUUUUGGUGGUGGUGGUGGUGGUGUUUGAAUCUGGUGGGUGAUCUGUUUUAUAAAUUGGGCCUGGCCCAUAGUGUGGUGGAUUUUUCCUUUUUCAUUUCGACCAAUCGGGAACGGUCGUUUUCUAUAGGGAAUAUGCCAUUUAUGGUAAUGUCAUC